AUGGACACAACCUCACAAGAUGUAGGGGGUCACAUCUCUGCUUCUGACGACUCCCUCGAUUCAAGCCAAGCACGAGAUGUUCCCGAGCGAGACACUCCUGAGGAUCCCGAGCUGCGCGUGUUCAACAUAUGCGGCCUUUGCAAGUUCCCCUUCCAUGAAGGUCAGGCCAUCAUUACUGUCGACCGAAAUAACUCUACUCUACCUCUUACCUGGAAUGACAAAUACUACCCAGAAAAUGAGACCUUCCACCCCCAUGGACAGAAGGCUUUACAUGCGGGCUGCUUCCAAAUUGCUGGCGAUAUCGUGUUUGACAAAGGCUUUCUCGAAUCCUGCGCAUGGAACCUCGAAUGGUUCAAAUUCCAUAACUCAUUCACUCAACCCCCGCCGUCUGCUGUUGCAAAACGCACUCGACGGCUCAAAUCAUCGCUUUCCCUAGAAGUCCGACAUGCAAUCAAGAAUCGACUUCCGAUUGAAGUAUGCGAAAACAUUGCUGCUUGCUGCUUAAGCGAACAUGCGGCGAAGCUUCACCUAGAUGCCUGGCAACGCCGGGAUCCUAGUGACCCGAAGGAAAAUAUCAUACUGCCCGUUUUCAGCGGCCAAACUAUUUGGGUCCAGUACGUGGAAAUCGAAGGUCACAGUUACGUCAAGUCUCUGUCAACCGUUCGCAUGAACGAGGAGGAUACAAUACUUAUUACGGCCAAACCAGAUAUCGGCUCUUCGAUGAAGUUAGGGAUGUACUUCGCCGAAGAUAGUUUAGGAGUACGCACCGUCAUUGCUUGUCCCGAUGAUGAGAUUGGGCGUACUGAGGAACCUGGUAUUCGAUGGGCCUAUAUUCCUUAUAGACGUUAUGAUCUCCCACUCCAUAUCAGCAUGAACUUUGACGGCCUCAAGCUGCGCAAUUUGGAUGUCACCCAAUACGAAAGAGAUUACUAUGUUCAACGAACACGAUGGGCCGUGUUACCCAGAGACCUUCGCUGCCUGGGCGCUCCCGACGACAAUAUCUUCGAACCUAGUGACAGGGCAACAGUCCAUGCGGUCGACUGGAACCUGCCUGGAGUCUCCGGUUAUGUCAUUGGCCUGCAAUGCAGCUGUAUUCACUCCAUCGUUCCCUAUAGACCAGGGAGGUUACCUCCUGCCCUCAUUGAUGCUUACGAUAAUGCCAGAUCGAAUUGGCUUUAUUUCCCUGUUGACCCUGACGAAAAGAUCUCCGAGCUAUGGCUUCGCUCAGGAGACUUCCCGCAGGAUGAUGAUGCCUUGGAUCGAGCUGAGUCUCUCAUAGUAGUCACAAGCAACGGCCGCAGUCUUGUACUUGGCCCUGACAUCAGAUCUCGCUCUCCACGUAGCGAUAGGCCCCUAAUCUACGAAGCGCUUGCCGAUUUGCCAUCAACCCCAACCCGAACAUUUUACUACAAAUACGGACAUGGGGAGUCUUGGCUCGGCUUCGAGAGAAUGACAACAUGGCGUGAUCGCAAGAUCGAACUCUCAUUUGGACCACCUGGGCCCGGCCCAUACUACUGGUCUGACCAAUUCUUUUCAACAUCUGCCGACCUUGAGAACCUUCAAACGAUUACCCCAUGCCGUGGCUGGAGAAGCGGCGUAGAUAAUGAGAUCAUUGGUCUGCUUUUCACCUAUGAAGAUGGUCGUCAACGAUCCGUUGGGCAUAUUCGCCUAGAUCACUUGCAGGAACCCGUCAACAUUACCUCUGACAGGUUUUGGAUUGGAAGCUCGGGGGACACGGAACCUGAUCAAGAAGAGCCCUAUCCACCGACGGGGCAUAUCACCUGGCUAGGUGUUUGCAAGCCGGAGAAUUCUGACCCGGGCAUGCAAUUCCUCGAGAUUCCGCUUAGAGGAAAGCUGGAGUGGCGGUCAUCCUGGGGGGCUGUGCCCGAGGAAAGCGCUGUGCGGCAUCUUGACUUCGAAGACCACGGACUGCAGAGUGAGAUGGAACAAGUGUUAGCCCACGAGGCUACAUCUGGUGCAGUUGCUUCUAAGACGGUCAAUACGUUCUCUGUUCGCACCGGGAACAUGUGCUUCUAUGAAGACGAGACUUAG